CAAAACAGCGGCGGCGGCCGUCCUCAUUGCUCGAUCCCGCGGGGUGGCAGACGUGUGUUCAACUUGUUGUUUUGUCUCUGUGUGGUGGUGGAACGUGGUUAUUGUGUUAUUGUAAAGUAGUUUAUUGGUUGUGAAGAACACUAAAAUAAAAAGUUUGAGUGUCAAAACAUCAGCGAGUCGGAUAUGGCAUCACUUAAAGAAAACCCUCCACUCUCAGAGAAGGAACAUGAGGAGCUCCGUCUCUCAUUUACUGCAGUGACAGGAGCUCAACCUACCGUUGCUCUACGCUACCUGCAACAAAAGAAUUGGAACAUAGAGGAAGCUUUGAACUCAUUCUAUGAUGCUCCUAAAAGUCCUUCAAGUACACAAGAUGGUUCCCAUAGUAACAGCAGUGCUGGCAUGAUGGCAUCACAGGGUCAGAGUGUCGACUCCUCCCGCCAUUCAACAUCCACAUCAGGGACUGUUUUGCCUGCCACAGUAGCCACAGACCCUCAACCUCCUUCCCAAGGCUUCCGUCUCAUCACGUGGAAUAUUGACGGUCUAGAUCCACGGAAUAUAAAAGAAAGGACUCUAGCUGCCUGCACGAUAUUGAAACAGUACAAGCCCGACAUUGUCUAUCUUCAAGAGGUCAUAUUUCCAACCUUCCUGAUUAUCAGCUCUGAGCUAGACAACUACAAAGCCAUUCCUGCCACUGGUGAUGGUUACUUUACACUCAUCCUGCUCAGGAAAAGCACUGUCACAUACUUGUCCUCCAAAGUGGAAGCCUUUGAAGAAUCCGAGAUGACACGAGCUCUACAAAAAGCAGAGUGCAAGUGUGCAGGUAUUGACCUAUGCCUGAUGACUUCCCAUUUGGAGAGUACAGCUGACGGGAAAGCAGAACGCUGUAACCAAUUCUCAAGAUCACUGUACAGAAUGAAGACGGCUACCGGGGAGCAGACUGUCUUGUUUGGAGGGGAUACAAACCUGAGAGACAAGGAGGUAACAAAAGUAGGAUUGCCAAGUUACAUUCGCGAUGUUUGGGAAAUGUGCGGCUCACCGGAAGCGGCCAAGUUCACGUGGGACCUCACGAAAAACGACAACCUCAACUGGCCAUUUCCGAAUAGGCCAAAGUUACGCUUCGACCGACUGUACCUGCGACACGCCAAGACCAGCCCUCGUGUGGUGCCUCAAGAUUUUUGUCUGAUCGGAACAGAGCGGUUGGAGGGGUGCGGUAGAUUUCCAAGCGACCACUGGGGGAUUGUUUGUGAUUUCAAGGUGACCCCUUUACCGACGUGAAGAUUGGUUGCUAUGAAUGAUAAAGUCUCUGCCAUCAAGAUUUCCUUGAUAAAAACAUGGUUACCAACAAAAUUUCCAUUUGUUGCCUAUUGCUUGUUACAGGUAUUCAGCUGAU